AACAAGAUGGCGGCGGCAGGCCCAAGUACUCGGGCCUCUUCCGCGGCGGCGGCGGCGGCUCUGAGUCGGCGAAGCCGGCGGGGCCGCUGUGACGAGAUGGCGGCAGUGAAGACCGGAGCCCCGGGCCCAGCUGCUGGUCCUGCGCUGCUGGUGUUUUCACCACCGUUGCUGCAACCGUCUCUACCUCCAAGGCCAGAGGAGUCGGGUUGCGCCGGCUGCCUGGAGACGCCAGGGGAAGCAGCGGCCUUGCCGUGCGGCCACUCGCUGUGCCAAGGCUGCGCCCAGCGCGCCGCCGACGCGGCGGGCCCUGGUUGCCCUCGCUGUCGUGCUCGCGGCCCGGCCUGGGGCCGCCGUCGGGCCCGCGACGACAGCCAAGCCGACGCGGAGGUGCUGGGAGAGCGCGUCCGCCGUAACCAGCCCGAGCGCUGCCGCCCGCGCCGGGACGGGGGCGCGGCCGCUGCAGAGCCCGGGCCGGAGCCGGAGUCGCGCUUCCCGCCGGCGGAGCCAGAGUUUAUAUUCAGAGCACCAAUCAAAUUAAGCAAGCCUGGGGAACUUCGUGGAGAAUAUGAGAGCCUGAGAAAGUUGAGAGAAGAAAAGUUACAAGAGGAGAAAAACUCUGAAGAUCAAAGUCACAAGCUGUUACCAGAAGAUAUAGAAACAGGGAAAAGAAAAAUGGAUGAACAGAAGAAAAGAGAUGAGCCUUUAGCACUGAAAUCAAAUAUGGAACGUUGUCCUGCACGUCUCUCAGAUUCAGAAAACGAAGAACCUUCCCGAGGCAAGAUAAUACAGACACAUCGGUCGGCAUUUGUUUCCAAGAACAACUCCUACUCAUUAGCAUUCCUGGCAGGGAAUCUAAACUCUAAGGUGGAGAGGAGUCCAAGCUGCAAUGACACUGCUCAGGACAGGACGAAGAGCAGGCUCAGAGCGGCUCCCACCAGCAAGGCCAAGGUCACAACUCUGACUCCAGCAUCAAAUCCUAUAAUUGGUGUCCUCUUGUCCUCUCAGAACAAUCGCUGCCUCUCAGCCCCCGACUUAACCAUCGAAAAGCGGCUGCCCUUCAGCUCCCUGUCUUCCUUGGCUUCCCUGCAAAGGCCAGAGCGCUCUAUCAGCCCCGAGAGCAACGAUAGCAUCUCUGAAGAGCUGAACCAUUUCAAGCCCAUUGUCUGCUCGCCAUGCACUCCUCCCAAGCGACUCCCUGAUGGCCGUGUACUUAGUCCCCUCAUCAUCAAAUCCACACCCCGCAACCUCAACAGGAGCCUGCAGAAGCAGACUUCUUAUGAGGCCAGUCCAUGGAUUCUCAAAAAGUGGGAACAGAUCUUUCAAGAGCGACAGAUCAAAAAGACCCUUUCAAAAGCUACUCUCACUUCUCUGCCUCCUGAAGCAGGAGAAGACUUCCUCGUCUCCGAAGUCAUCCAUUCAACCAAGGAGAAACCUGUUCUGGCUUUAAAUGCAAGACUGCCCAGCGGGCAGGUACCUGCCGAGGAUACUGGGCCCACCUCCACUGACCUUGAUUUCCUCCUCACUUCCGGCCAAACAAAAGCAGAACAGGGAAGCAAUAGUAAAAGGAACGCUGAGAUUCCAUUGGAAACCUGUUCUUCAGAACACAAAGUGGGAGCCAGUGGCACUUCUUUGGAAAGAGAGCAGAUUGAGGAGUCAGGCUCAACCCCAGAUGCCAAGAUAGACAAACCCUGUAAUAGUACGACCAUGAAUAUUUCAGCAGUUAAUUCAGUGCUGCCCAAAAACAAUGUUUUGGGUGGAGUCCCCAAAACAAAGAAACAGCUGAAGACACUGAGUCAUUUUGACUUGCCUAAUGGUGUACUGGUAGACAAUCUAGGUGAUGAACCACUGCCAUCCUUGCGUCGGGGCCGGAAAAGACAUUGUAAAACCAAGCACUUGGAACAGAACGGCUCCCUUAAGAAGCUGCGGCCAAACAGUGGUGAGGCGGGCUUGGUACCCGCAGACCCAGAGCCUCCAGAUAAGGAGCAGAAAUUACAGCAGGAGGAGGAGGACCGACAGCUGGCUCUGCAGUUACAGCGCAUGUUUGACAGUGAGAGGCGGACUGUGAGUCGACGAAAAGGAAGCGUGGAUCAGUAUCUUUUACGGUCCAGCAGCAUGGCUGGAGCCAAGUAA